CAACCAAUAAUGGAUACUAAGACCGAGGUCGGGCGGGAGAACAUUUCUUUCGAAAUGGAAUCUAAACAGGAAGAUCACGCCGAAAGGUGUGACGAUUCAGUUUACAGAAAGGACACUCCUCAGGCAAAGCCGAAGGUGGAAACACAGCUGUGUAAAGAUUCUGAUACAGUGAAACGUCACCCAUUAUUCUUAAUCGUAUCUGCCAUUGCUGUUGCUUCGCUCUUAACAGCUCUUGCCACUUUGGUUUUAGCUGUGGCAAUCAUUACGGCACGGAGCGAAGUUUCCACAGGUACGGCUACCAUUACUUCUCCCUGUUGUUAGUAUUAAACACUCGUAGGUCUUGAUCCAUUCAAAUCUUAAAAGUGAUUGAAAAGGUGCACUAAUUAAACGACAGGACGAAGCAAAAAAUUAUUCACUUCGGUCCUGACUAUUUCCUGUCCAAAGAGGAAAUUAGAGGAACUUCCGGCUCGAUAUGAUUUGAGUAUUGCUAUUAUUACCAGAGCUUUCCCCGCACAUAUGAUUAGUAUUGGAUUUCUAAGAAAAUUAUUUAUAGAAGGGGAAAUCCGUCCAUCAUAAUACUUAUCCGUAAUUUUGAACGACAAGGGCAUUUCUAUUGUGUCUGCAUUAUUUGAUAUUUAGAUAAGGCUAAGUAAAAACAACUGAGCUUUCCAAUUGAAUGGCCGUUUUUAUGCUAGAGACGUUAAAGUUGUCUAAGACGUUAAAGUCGUCUCGAGAUGACUUUAACGUCUUAGACAACUUUAACGUCUCUAGCAAAAAAAGGCCAUUCAGUGACAUGCAGGAUAUUGUCACGAUUGCUUAGGAAAAGAGGGAAAAUAUCGUAUUUAAAUAGUGAAUAAUCUAUCUUUGACAUAUAAAGUGCGUUCUUCAAAAGGGUAUCUUGAUGUGAACCACUUAACACCAAGUUAGUAUCAUGAAGUAUGCAAAGGCCGAAGACACUGUAAGUGAUGCAAAUGCUCUGAGUCGUUGAAUUGAGAACUUUGACCAUUUUUCAUCUCUUUCUAGUAUCUAAAAUUGUUAGUUGGGGCACGAGAAGUAAACCAUGUGUGUAAUAAUAUCUGCAAAAGAUGAGGUUAUAAAAAAUUUCAAUAGUGAAAAGCAUAACUGGCUGGGGCUUUUGGAAUUAAACCCGUGAAUUCACUUAUUAACACAAAAAUCAACCCCCUUCCCCCCCCCUUCCCCCUUAUCAAAUUUGAAAUUGAAAUUUUGAUUAACAUACAUACCAAGAAAAUUCAAAGUUCCAUGUAGAUAAUUAAAAAUGGUAAUAGGAACGAGUGGAGUUCAAUUCGGUGUGUGAUCAUAAGAUUGAUUGUCAAUCACUCGUAUCAUUACUGACAGAAUUGGACGACUCUAAGUCCUGUUGCCAAUUAAUUAUGACCAUUAAAAUUUAGGGAAAAAAACAAAAAAACAAAUAUAUUUAUAUGAGAAAGGGCUUUUAAUAAUGAUUAUCCAAAACAUGAUCAUUAAAAUCUUCGACAAAAGCGAAAUGCAACGUUUAAAAACGGCUUUCAAAACAGAGAUAAAAAAAAAGAAAAAAAAAGUCUAAAACCACUCAAGCAAAACGAUUACUUAUCAACAACCAGUCAUUUCCACCGUUCAAGUGUCAAUCAAUUAAACAAUCAACCGGGCGUACAGCCAAGGAACGAAAAAUUCACAGAAUUUAAAAAUCGCGCCGUGGUAAGUUUCGAAAAAAUAGUCGCCAUACAUCUACCGCAGCUAUCUCUAGAAACAAAAGAAAGCAUUACAACUUUUUUUAAAGAAUCUCUUGUAAUUAUAUCAAUCGACUAAUCUGAGUCCAAGUCGAUGAUUACCAGCCUUUUCCUUCGUCUUUUGCUUCGCGAGGAAUCUCCAGAAGGUACGUUAUUGUUUGAGUCGAACACACACCGGUUGAACACUUGACAAGGAGCCUGUUGGAGAGUUUUUGUCGCCAUUGUGACAGACUGUCAUGGUGUGAAGAAAGGAGGCAUAUCACUUGAUCCAUACGGAUUAGCUGGAAUGUCUUCCUUCAUGUUUACAUCUUCUGGGGCUUGACAAGAGGAAGAAAUAAUUGCCGGCGAUCGACCUUUGAACUAUCACUGAUAAAGUCGAUGUUGCGGCAUACCCAAUUGUUAUACGAGCCAAUUGCCUUGGUUCGCUCUCCGUUGUUUUGUCAUAAUCAUCCAGCGAAGACUCUCUGGCAUGUCCAGUAACUUGGAUAAUUUUAUGAAGUGGUUGGCCCGCUUCUUUUAAUUUCGCAACGACCGUUUUUCUUGUAGAAUGUUAUUUUUAGGUUAAUUUCUUGGCACGCUCCUCUGGUAAACAACUUGCAACUGAUUUCAUUAUUUGGCCAAUUCGAUGCUCAUCCAUUCUAGAUUUGGCCUACCAACACUUGUGGAGGGCUCAGAAAUAAUUGCAAGGUAUAAAUCUUCGCCACUCUUCGAAAAGUCGUACGAGAUCCCAUUCAUCACCGUCAGUCCCUUGCGAAAUGGCUCUUGGAAUUCCUAGGAAUUCCUAGGAAUAAAGGUGUGAAUUUUCACGGUAAAUUCGGACUGGGAAUUCCUAGGAAUUCCUAGGAAUUCCUAGGAAUUCCCAACCAUAACAACUCUGGUUCUAAAAACCUAGAAAUUCCUAGAAAUUCCCAGAAAUUCCCAGAAAUUCCCAGAAAUUCCCAGAGAUUCCAAGUUUAUAGCCAACAGGACUUGGAAUUCCUAGGAAUUCCUAGGAAUUCCUAGGAAUUCCAACUCAGAGAACCAAUGACUUUCCCUGAAAAGCUGUAAAUCUAAAAAAUUCCUAGGAAUUUCUGGGAAUUUCUGGGAACUUCUGGGAAUUUUUGGGAAUUUUUAGGAAUGUUUAAGAAUUACUGGGAAUUUUAAGCAAAAAUUUGAGGCUAAUGAUAUAAAAUAAAUACUUUAAAUUAAAAAAAACCCAGCUAAAAUUCAAGUAUUCAAUGAAAUUUAUUUAGAAGCUUAAUUAAGGCUUACAUGUAAAAUAUUUUUGAUUAAUUACUAACAUCAAUGUGUGGUAAUAUUAGGAUGGAAUUUGAUUUAUUUUUCUUUCCUUGAAAACUUCAUACGGAUUAAUCCUCAAUUACAGCUAUUCAUAUAAAAUAGUUCUAAUCAAUCAUUAAAUUUGGUUUGACACAAAUUGUGAAUAAAAUCUGUUGAUUCUCUUCCAUAAAAUACAAUAUCUUAAGUUCUAUUUAUAUAGUUAUAUUCUUGGGAGUGAAGGGGCUAAUUACAGACAAAUAAAAUUGAUUUUUUGAUUAAAAUCUUGUUGUAACUGUAACAAUAAAUUAGAAUGAAGUUAUCCUAAACUGCAAACUUAGCUGCUGUUUCUACUGUUUGUAUUUUUUUUCCUGGGCUCACAAUGAGUUGGCCUUGAAUGAGGUUGUCAACAAGAACCUUGACCAUUUUGUAUCUGGAUUCCUUGACAUCUGAAUUUGAAAAAAAAAAUAUAUAUUAAAAUAUGUAUGUUUAAAGCUCAGACCAGGCUUUUAAGAUGGCUAUGAGGAAAAGGGCAUUCAUUGGAUUCUCAAAUUGAGAAAUCUCUGUUAUAUUGAGUGACUUUUAUAUUGGAGUUAGUACAUCUCUCUCAUGGAUUUUACUAAAAAAGGGCUGAAUACAUUAUUUUGUUUUUACCAAGGAGGGCUUCUUUAUGUACUAAGGUUUGUUAUGAAUCUUGAAUGUUCCCAAACGUGACUAGAGGAAUCUUGAAACCUUGCUGAUAGGUUUAUUUUAUUGUAAAGCAUAAGCUUAAGAAACUGCGGCAUGCAAGUGACCGAUUCGAUUCUCAGAAUUAUUCUAGUUUCAGUUGCGCCGAGCGUUAUGUAAGCUUAAUUCAACUCGCUACAUCUAUUAUUUUAUAAGAUUUUGAUCUCGUAACGAAUAUCGCAAUUUUUACUCACCACAAACUUUCAAAAUCGUAGCUUUACAGAUGGCCACUCGACCCUUGUUUGUACCAGUCCAUAUGUCAACUGUUGUCCCUUCUUUUAACUCCACGGCGCCAACGACUUUCUUCUCUUUUACAACACUCACGCUAUUCUCGUUUUCCCAUUGAACCACAAUAAUAGCUAUCUUUAGAAAUGUUAUAUUAAGCAAAACAGUUGAGAAAAGCGAUCAAUCGACGAAAAGUACAUUCAAAGAUGAGCGCCAAAUGGAGUCUUCUUUGUUUCCGAUCACGGGCAUGAUCACGUGGAUCUUUUAGGACUUGUCAUUGGCUAGCAAAGUGAAUCCGCUGGCUUGCCGAUUGCAGUGUUAAGAUAAGCGCACAACUUUAUUCUGACUUCUCCGACCGGUUCUCUGCUUCUAAUUCUCCUCUACUAACUAUGUUCUAGAAGAUGGAUAGCUUGGUGAUAUAAAUAAAGAUGUGAGCUCACUCUAUGUAGAAAUAAUCGACAAGAAUCGAUCGUAUUACAAAUGCACGAUUUGUGGCCGAAAGUUGUCGAGGAAACAAAGACUCGAAACUCACUUGAGUUGUGUUAAUGGCAAAGGUGAGAAAUAACACAAGCCAAUCACAGUUUUGAAUGCGACUACAAAUCGUCUUUUACCCUCAUAUUUAUAAAAGAAGGAUACCACAUUCGGAAGUAUAAGAGAUACAUAGAUGAUCCCAGUGUACCAGUACCUAAAUCUACAAAGCUUGACCGUAGCAAGCGUUCAGCAACACGUUCCAACACCGCCAUCUCGAUUCCUCAGUCAGUCGUUUCCACUGAACUUAAAGCAGUAUUGACAACAGAGUAGAGUGCGUCUUACAAAGGAGAAACAUUUGUACAAGAGACAGGAGUAGCUAUAUGCGAUUACAGAGGUGCGUUGGAACUCUGGUCCAUAAAUAGUUAUGCACUGUAUAAAACAGUUUUGUUGAUAGCUGACAGACAGAGAAGAACAACAAGUAAACUUAAGAGCUGUUAUUAUUGAAGUGUGACUAGCACUUUUCAUUUUUAUAUAAAGAAGGACUUGUAAUUUGCACCAAAAAUAAAAAGAUGUAAUAUUUUUUUGGGAGAUCCAGUGAUUGGGACAUUUAAGAAAUUAAGUUAUGAAAGGAAACUUGGUUGGUACUUCUCACUACUAACAAGUCUUGUUGACAAAUAUUUUCAGAUCAGAGUUUCAAAUAAAGUAAAUUGAAGACGUCAUAUAAAAGGUGUUUUUCCUCAAAGGGAACAUUGACUACCUCUGUCUUGUCUGCAUGCCAAAUGUUUGCAAAGUGUGUGAAUGAUCCACAAGUAUUGGAACUCUUACAAAAAUGUUUUGUAAGAAUAAAAACAGCAAAACAAAUUACAGCAAUUAGUCAUGAAAAUAGAGCAAAAAACUGAAAAAAAAAAAAAACAGCAACAACAAUCAUGAAAAAAGAAAGAUUAAUUAGGCGUUGAAUUUGUUUGUCUAAGGCAUGAAAUUUCUACUAAAAGUAUUGUCAACAAAAAGUCUCUGACAGCGUUUGAGGCAACUGAGCUUGACUGUUCCAAGGUUUUCUAACAAAGGCGACCAGUAAUGUAGGUUAGGGAAGUAAGAUAACAAUGUAAUUAUUGUUAAUUAUUGUGGAAGUUGGCAAUUUCCAUUUAACAUACCUGACAGCUGGUUCAUGAGAAAAUCCAUAUUAAUGUAAAGAUUUACUAAAACUUAGUUUGAGUAAUAAAUUUCAUGAUCUUUAAGUUGUAAACAUGUACAUGUAUGUAUAUCUCUUGGUAAGUUUUGUAUAGCAUACCUUUUAUUGAGCCAAAGUUUUAAGCCUCUGAAAUUACUCUUUUUCUUAAAACGUUCACAUUCAAGGUAUUGAGAAUUUCUUAGAAUUUAUGUGGACCUCAGGGUAUUAAAAUUGCUUCAAAUUCAAUUCCCAGAAAUUCCCAAGAGUUCCACACCUCUCAAAUUAUAGGUAGUUUGUAAAGCUGAGAAUUCCUAGGAAUUCCAAGGGAUUCCAAGUCCUCACAAAACUGGAGUCUUCCUUUCCCAGAAAUUCCCAGUAAUUCCAAGCUUUUUAAAUCAGAGUUAAUUUGCAUAGUUGGGAAUUUUUGAGAAUUCCUAGGAAUUCCUAGGAAUUCCUAGGAAUUCCCAGAAAACUGGGAAUUCAGUUUGCAAGGGUCAUUUGCAUAAUUGGGAAUUUUUGAGAAUUCCUAGGAAUUCCUAGGAAUUCCUAGGAAUUCCCAGAAAACUGGGAAUUCAGUUCGCAAGGGGUAGACCUCACUUGGAAGUAAGAGUCUCUUGAGACUUCUGGAACUCGCCCGCUGAUGAUAGAUGCCAAAUAAUUUUUCUUCGGCGGAGAUACCUGUGGAGUAAUUCCUGCAUAAUACGAAGCGAAUCUGGUUCGUACUCUUUCCCAUAUUUUUUCCGGACUGCAGCAAAGAAUUUUGUCAGAAUCUCAUCCAAAAUUUGGGGGUUAAGCACUCCAUUUUAUUGUCGAUAUUUCGAGCUAGGCACCAAGUUGCCACACUGUCAUGUUUUUCUUGUGCGCUUUUUGUUUUUGCUUGCAGCGGACUCAUUUAACUCAACUAGACACUCGACGAACGUUCACUCGGGCUUCGUAUCAAGCGUUUUACUUAAGCAUUCACCACUGGAUAGUUUGGUAUAAUUGACUCUAAGCAUGUCUCGCAUACUGGGGCUCUACAUUCGUUUAAGGGGUCAUCAUUUUCUUCUUCAUUAGUAUCUUGCAUCAUACUCUAAUACAGGAUCACUGUCUGUUGUUCCGUUGUUUAAUGUAGCUUGUUGAUGUGUAUCAUUAUCGUCAGCAUCAUUUUGCAAAGCUGUGAGGUUGCUAUCAAUAUUGUGAAUAUCAACUAGUAUAUCUUUGUACAAUGGAUUAUAUACUUUGAGCCAGUUGAGAACUUGCUGUAUUAACUCUGGCCGUAUUCCUUGAAAAUAAACAUUUCCUCAAAGUUUGAACUUUCUUUUAAGCUUUAACAUUAGCAUAUCAGAUCUGUGAGGUGGACAAGGAAGUUGAUUACAUGUCUGAUCACGUUCUAUAGGUACACUGCUUAUUGCACCUUUAAUUUUUCUGUGUUGUUCAUUAGGCAUGACCAGAAUCUUCUCAAAUACUAUUGGUUGAGCUAUUAGUGUUUGUUCAAGUAUUUCUAGUGAGGACAGUUUUGUGGGUAUUUCAUCCAAAUGAGUGUUGAAUAUUGAAAUAUGUUUGGCGAGGGUACUUCUUGUUUAUGCAUGUUAUUACUGAUUUCAUAUAAAGUAUUCAGUUAUAGUCAGUACAUAUAAAAUAAGGGCCUUCUCUUAUUUUCCUCUUAAACUGGUUAAUACACAAUUCAACUGAUCUGGCUUUCAUUAAUCUCUCAUUGCAUUGGGAAAGUAAUUCUUUCUUCUUUCUAGCAUCCUUAGUUAAAUAUUUUCUUUAAAUGUCUUCCAGAAACCUUUUUUGGCAACAGGUUCCAUGCUGUUAUACAUGUUUUUUUCUGUGUUUUCUCGUGAUGUGUUUCCUUUCAAUUUCAAUAAUUUUAUUUGGACAGCAAACAAAUUAUAAAUCAUAUUCCAUAGUCUGACAUUCCUGUUUAUUUUGAAUAAUAUUUUAUUAAUUUUCUCUACUAGAUUAUUCACACCACGAACAUGUUUUGUCUGUUUGGUUGCAGGUGAAUGACUGUCUUCAUAGGUCAGAAGAGAAAACAAUUGCUUUACUUUUGUAUUUUGUUGAUAAAUACAAGUUAUACUGUGACUUGAAAUCCACAUUAAAAAGCCUGUUUUCCCAGUGUAGUUCCUCAAAAUCAAGGUCUCUGAGGAUAUUCUGCUUUCAGUUAAAUUACUUAAUUCUCCAUGACUUACUUCACUGAUGUGUACAUUUAUGUUAUUGCCAAAAAUUAUAACACUGUCAGGCUGGGUAACAGAUGUUAAACAGUGCUUACUGUGCAUUGAAUUGUUAAGCUGAGAUCUAUUUUCAAUGAUUGCAUCUAAGGUAUUUGAGUACCAUUAACUACAAGGUGAAAUGAUCAAGUAACAUAUUGAAUAAAGAACUACUGCAAAACAGUAGUCUUUGUAACACUUGUGUUGACCUGAUGAUCUCUUUAAAACCUCUCUUAUAAUAUUGCUUAUUGUCAUGUCAUAUUUUGUAAUUUGUAAACCUUCUAGUUCACACAGCUCAGUUGCUCCACACAAACUUUGAAAGUAACACACUAAGUUGUCUGUAGAUAAUAUAUCUAAUAGAACACAUCCCUCGAGCGUGACUUUUACCAUAAACAUCUCUAGCAUGUUAGUCAAACACUAUAAAUGGCCAUUAUCAGCACAGUAACUAAUAAUUACAGCAGUACAUCCAACUGUUGAAAUAAAUGACCUAAAUAGUUCUGAUAUCAAUGACUCAAAAGCUCUUUUCAGGCCUAUAAAGUAUUGAUAUCCCUCAAUGGUAGGCUCACCAUAGACAUUACCAGUGUAACCUUCCCUGUAUUUUAGCUAGUAAUCUUCCUCUAGUAGUGUAAGCAUUGAUGGUAAAUCUGUUGGCAGUGAAAAUGAUUGUCUACUAGAUAAUUAUGACAAACUACUAUAUAGUUUAUUUCCAAUAUGCAUUAUUUGUUUCAAGUCAACAGGAUUACCUAUUCCUUUCAUAUUGUGGUAUGUUAAUGCCAUAAACUCAUUGCAACACAUUGUUGCCCUGCAUUUUGUCCAAAUACAACAACAUCCCCUUGACUAUAUGGUGCUUUUCUUAUUUUACUGGGAUCCACUUGGUGUAACCGGGACCAAGGUUUUUUUGAUAUAAUUAUAGAGCUUGUUCUUUGUACAAUUGCCUCUGUGGAUUACACCCUUGUAAUCACCAUAUGGGAAAUUACACAAAAAUAACCUUAAGUAUUUGAGAUAUUUCUUUCCCUGUUUAUCUCUUCUUGAAUUGUACACAUAUCUCUUUGAAGAGUCAACGUUUCUUGUUCUAAAAAUUGGUUUCCUAAUUUUUUUGUACAAACCUGACUCUUGUUUUAUGUGCACUUUUCUUUCGUGUUGCUAAUUUUUAAUAAGAUCACGGACUUUCGAUGACUUUAGUACGUUUUUAUUUUAAAAGGCUCCGUACAUAACUCUGUAAUUUUCUAAUUUUCUGAGAGAGAAGUUUGAACAUCUUCACUGGUACUCUGCUUGGUUCACGAUCACGUUCACACGAGACUUACACGAAACACGAUUACAAUUAUAAUAUCCAUACUUUGCACGACGAGAUCUGAAUUGUUAUACCUUUAUUGACACUAACAUCAUUAUGGUCAUGUACAUUAGUCAUAUUGAGAACUUUUUUCUAGUAGAUCACAAUCAUCAAGAGUAUUCAUCAUGUCUUCUACUAAGCACAUACAACUCCAUGCGAAGAGCAAACCAACAUUCACGACCGCUUGUUACAAUAUUAAUAGUGCUUAUGUACGAAAUACCAAAUCGUACUUUACAAGUAUUGAACCCAAUAAAAAUCAAUAAUAGAAACUGGAUAUUUAAUGGAAGAGCUAAGCGUAGAUAUUUAACCUCACUAUCCACUACUUGCUUCUGUCAGUAUCCUUAUCAAAUUCGCUGUUGUUAGUGCCACCUUCGAAGUUGUGUUCACGAGCAUUCUUGAUUUUUUCAGCAAGUAAGGUGUUCGUCUCAGCAUCAUAAUUUGUUGUUAAAUCGGCUGUCACGGUUUUGCUUGUAAUUUCGUAGUUUGAACCACAUAUGGCUCAUUUGUUAUCUCGUGAGAACUAGUAUGAACUUUGCACAUUUGGCUAGCUUUCAAGCUAUAGGCUUCGUAGACUGGCACAUUCCGAAAUGCUCGACGUCAUUUUGUACGUGAGAUGAGCGUACAAGACAGGAAUCUUUGCUAGGCGGUCCACACAAACAACGGCAUUCUAUUAAUUAUGUUUACGAAGAGCGAGCACAUGAUAACACAAGUUGUUGGACUCUCAUCCCCAGUUUCCGCGGUUUACGCGAGGAACGCCUGGGACCAUGAUCCCCCUUUUAGCGGGAGUUACUACAUCGCGGGCGACGAGUGGCGGAAGAAGAAAAGAUCGAAAUACGAGUGGUCAGCUGGGAAACAACUUUAAUACUUCAUAUAGAGACAUAUCAGUUAUAGUUGCGGAAAACAAUAGUGUUGUAAAGCCCGAAAUAUCAACGUUAUAUUACGCUAAAUAAAAUGUUAAGCAAUUUUUCAAAAGUGUUGAUGGCACAUACAUCUUUUACUGUUGCAAUAAACAGUGAAGGCAUCGGAAAAGGCAUCAAUGGUAUCGGGAAAUGCACCAAGAAGAAUUAUAUUUACGUUUUGUAACUUGCUGCGUGACGUGCGUGACGAAAAAAGAAAACCAAAACCGUGGUCUCCAAAUGAAUUCUCCCACCUUAAUCUUGCCCCAAUAAAUUUUCAAAUUUUUAGCAACUUCACCUCUUCCUAUUGGUAGGUCCGGCCAAGCCUUUAUGGUCAUUGGCCCCCGUAUAGCUUCUAACUAUGGCUUAUAAAUAGAGGUGUUAAAUCGUUAAAACGCGUCGGAGAAUAAAGAAAAUUUUACAACAACUGUUCGAAGAGUGCUGCUCACCACUUUAGUAAAUUUGGUGCGAUAGCUGUGGUCAGUUUUUCUAUUCAGGUUGUAUGGCAGAGACGUGGGGGGGGAGGGGCGGAGACACCAACACAACAUUUCACCUGCCGUUCGGUUCGAAAGUUAAGUUUUCAUCCCGAGUUCAUUGUCGUUGGAAUUCUUCAGAAAUAGUGAUUUGGGAAGUAUCCGUUUGUUGCACUUCCACGGACAUUAACGAUGUUUCAGCCACUGUACUGGCUGUGUCUCCUCCAACCUGCUAGACAAGUCAACUAACGAACAAUUCAACUUUACAAACAAACUAUUGUCAAAUUCGAAGUAACCUAAAAAAAAGGCUGCAAGUCAUAAUCUACUCUUUUCCAGUUGAAGAUCGAAAUGUUCUUUUACUUCUGAAUUUCGACAUUGUUUCUCGUAAAUGCAGUGCUGUUAUUAUAGGCAUUCCUUGCGAAUGACGCACUAGCUUGGAAAGAUCGUUUACAUAUAACUGGCAGGAAGAUGGUCUUUUGCUUACCAAAUUUUUGACAGUUGAACAAAUAAUUCUCUAGAUAGUGAUUGAAUGCAAUAGUUAAAAAAUAUCUUGGUUCUAUUUCUCCCUUUUUGUAUAAGAGAGAUGUUUGGCGAACGGUGUCAACAUUUACUUAUCAAUGUAUGAAGCUUCAACAUGUGUUCAGUGAUUUAUCUUUUAUCUAUUUAUCCGUUUGUUCAUCUUUUCAUUUGAAAUCCUUCGUUAUUUUUUGUGUACAUUUGCUAUGUUUUUCUUAUUGUUUCCUUUUUUCUAGAAACGUCAGAACUUCAAAAGAAUGUGCAAGAGUUGAAAAGGAACCUCUCCGCGUUAGGAGAUUACUCGGUAGGAGUGAUCCUUAAUCAUUAGUAGUGAUCAGUUAAAAGCAAAAGUGCACUGAUGUGAAAUACACAGGCACAUGUAUAUACAUAAGACUAAAGGCCUUAAGAGGACUUUUAACUCCCUGAGUAUUAGUUAAUAUAGUAUAGAAAUAGAGAUUUUAAAAUGACCUUUAAUACUUCCCUGGAGUGCAGGCUGGAGGCAUCGUUUUUGUGGUAACAACGCGGCACUUUUGCUUUAACUUUUUCAAUAGGGUGAUGUAAAUUUUAUUCCUAACCAGGCUGAUAAACAUUAAUAUAGGCCUAGAUGUCAUUAUCACAGACAUUAUUAGUGUUCUCCUAAUUUUUUGAACCAAUUUUGGAAGCAUAGUAGUUGCUAACCUUAUAUUGCAAAUUGCACACCCAUAUAGCCAUCAUCAUAAUUAGAUCAUUAUGAAUAACUAAUGCCAAGAAAGCAUUCUUCAAAAAAGAAAUUCGAUCAGGAAUAUUGAUCUACAUUUUUUGUUGUUAUAGGUUUCAGGGGAUGUAAAGGAACUGAAGAGAAACGUAAGUUUACAAUUCAUUCACCCCCACUUUCCUUAAUAAACUUAAUCAUUAUCUUAUUGUUAAUAAUAACGAUAAUGAUAAUGAUCGUAAAUGAACCAUUCAUUCAAAAUGAUAUGAUGUUGAGAGGUUUCUUUUCUUUUCUUUUCUUUUCCUCCUUAUGUUAGGUCUCAGCAGAGUUGAAAGGGCUAGAGAUAAAGGCAAGUUUAAAUUCAUCCAUUUCCAAUUCCAUCUAUAUUAGGAAAAAGAUUACAAUGAGUUCAUUAAGUUCAACACGAGUGUCUUACUCUAUGGCAGAUGAAAAAAGAUAUGGAAAACAUGAAAAACAAGGUAAGUUUCAAUACCAAAAUUAAGAAUUUAUGUUUUUCUGAAUCUCUCACUGUUACGAUUCCUAUCAUCAUUUUUUUCAAAAACAAAACGAGGACUGCUCUACUUAAUUCACCAAAUUUAAUAGGCCCACUAAUUCUAUAACACAAUAACUUGGCCCGUUUUACCUUUUAGGGCAAAAAUACAGAGCUACAGGAUAUCCGUCUCACAAUACAGGAUGCUACCCAAGUUUUGAUUGGUCUAAAUACAAGCGUAAAUGAGAGGUUUCUGCAUUUUCAACAAAGAAUCAUGGAACUGGAUCAAAAGGUACUUCUACCGCAAAUGUAUUUCUAUAUGCUUUUUCGAACCGAAUUUCGAAUCAACCAAUCAGAGACUUGAUCUGAAAUAUGGAGCAAUGCCAAGUCACUGCCCUAGGCUUCACGAUAUUAUUUCCUCCGAUUAAAGUUAAGUAACUUAAUGGUCAUCACAAAGUACGUGGUACACAUAUGCCUCUAAACCUGUGCAAAAACAGAGACUGUUUUCUAUCGUGAGUAAAAGGGGAUUUUCGAAGAUUGUCAAACGUACAACUCCUCACAGUUUGCAAGGGUCUGCAUUGAACAAUGCUACCCCAGCAAAUUCUGAGGUUGUUUUGAAAGUGACCUGUUUAUAUACAUUUAAUGUCUGUGGAACGCAAGGGAUAGUUUUUUUUUUGUAUUUCAUGUCAAGCUUGAAAAUGUCACAAUCGAGAUUAGCUUCAACUUAGCUUAUUGUUCAAAAAGUUCCUCAACACGAACCGUUUUUACCGGCUUAGACGAGCAUUUGAUACUUCCAUGUAACAUUUCUACUGUUUACGUGGUCAUUCCCUAAAGCAAAUACUUGUAUUACUAUAUGCACUUUAUAAUGAGCAUAAAUUUUCAUUAAUCACUUGUUUCACGCCCGUUUAUGGACUCGUUCUUUCUUCUUCGCAAGCCUUGUAAUAAGGCAACUGACUGAUUAUUUCUACCUUUAUAUGGUUAAAGUUCCUAUAACAUGGAAUAUUUUUUGCGUGAAUAUUUAGCUUAUUACGUGUACAAACCAAUUCCGUCAGAAGAAGGUUUUAAAAAAACCUAAACACCGUUUUUUCGGGCCCUAAAGUGCUCAUAUUUUGUAUUAAAAGUGUCCCGUGGACUGGUAACGAAUUAGCGGGUGAUGACGCAGCAAACUGUGAAAAUUCUCAGCUGAAAGUCACAAAUCUCUCACAUCUCAUGUAAUUUUGUAUCAGUUAGAGUUGAAAUACUCUAGAAAUAAUGUCCGAUAGCAAUGUCUAAUUACCUCAGGUAAGCUUUACGGCGAGUUGCUAUACAUCGUACUUAAUUAGUAAGAAGAAAUGGAAGUUGGAGAGGAGGAGAAGGAGAACCGCGUGCAUCAAACGAAGAUUUCGACGAAGACUGAUAAAGACGGUUUCUCGCUUUAAGUCAAGAGUAGAACAAAAAAAACCCCGUCACUGAAUGCUUAGGUUUUUGCGUUUGUGUUUUGUUUCCAUGACGAAAUCUGUCAAGAAUGGGUAGCUGUGUUCGUUUCUGUCGCCAUAACAUUUUAUUCGUUCGCACUGAGCGCGGCGAAGGUUGCCUUAGGUCAAUGCUCUAGAGUUUCGUUGCUAUAGGGUAUUUCUCUUUGGAAACCAAAAGCUAACUUUGACAAAAAAAUCAGCUGUAUCACGAGGCACAAUGAUUUUUCGCCGAGAGGUCAUCGGGCAGUUUCACUGCAAGUUUCUCCUUUCCUCAGAGAUUGCAAAAGCAGAGGCUAUCGUCGUCGAGCCAGUCAAAAGGAAAACGAGUGAGUUUAUAGUCAUCUGAUUCAAGUUAAUCGCAGAUAGAGAUUUCAACAGAGAAAAACUUCUUAGUUCAAGUGCAGCAUUGUCAAGUGACCCGUUUCGAUGAAUGGCAAACAACUGAAAUCAGUAUUGUAAAUAAAUAUUUCGUACGCAAGGACUUUCACACGGCGCUUGGAUUUGCUAUCAUAUAUACGUUUAUUUAUUUAUCUCGUUGCAGUGCUGUUAUCUCUGUGACAUUGCUAUUGUUGCUACUUUUAGUUUCUUGAGGGCAGGGGGAAUUGAUGGCUCUUGGGAUGGAUUCUCCUAGCCUAGGCUAGGAGAAUAUACGGCCCCUUUGAGCUUGUGUUUAUAUCCGUAUAUAGAGGUUAUAUAGAGGUUUUGCAUUGUACACACAACAGAAUAUCGGCCAGCUCAGCGAAGGGCUCGAAACUUAUACAAAUGGCGUAUUUCUGUUAUCAAAAUACGAUGGACACCACAAUUGAUAGAAUUUUCAUACGAUAAGAGAAGUGCAAAUGUAGUCAUGUGGAAAUACAAGGAAUAUGAGUACCCAAGCGCGUGAAAAACAAUAUGGAGCUCACCAUUGUACGCUUGUGAAAUGUCAGCCGAAAAAAGUGUUGAACAGUCAGAUGUGGGAACAGGCCCUUUGAUCAGCAUUAAUUAGCAGAAUUAAACGGUUUAUAUCUCCCCCUGGGUUUGAUUAAUGGUAUGUGUUCAUAACAUCCGCGUUCGUUACGGAGCAAAAGGCCGAUGACAUUGAAGAGUAAAAUCUCCUCGAUCUCGACGAUGUCGAAACGCGUCCAUGUUUGCUAUACAACUACAUCCUUUGGAAAGGAGUGGACAGAAAUACCCGGUACAUUUGUAUUGUUCUUUAAGCUAACAUCAUUUGGCGCUCCGGCCAACAAAUCGUCCUUUCAAUGCACAAAAAAAUAGUCCAGGAGAGCUGGUUGGUUAUUUCUAAUUUUAAACAAAGUUAUUAACCAGAAAAUGCAAAAACAUCUUCAUGUCAUAGGCACUUUAAAAAAAAUAUCCGUGGUUCUCAUCAUGAGUAUCUUGGCUUACACUUUUCAUCAAUGAACCUCCCGUUUUGACAGUGCCAGUGCCACUACCACUGCCACUGCCACUGCUACUGCCACUCUCACCGUCCCCGUCCCCGUCCCCGUCCCCGUCCCCGUCCCCGUCCCCGUCCCCGUCCCGUCCCCGUCCCCGUCCCCGUCCCCGUCCCCUCCCCCUCCCCCUCCCCCUCAAUGUCACUUUCACUACUACUACCACUUCCACUGUCACUUUCACUGUUACUUUCACUGCUACUACCACUAUCACUACCACUGCCGCUGUCACAUUCAUUGUCACUGUCACUGUCACUGUCCCUGUGACUUUCACUAUCACUGUCACUAUCAAUUUCAUUGUCACUGUUUCUGUCACUGACACACCAUCAUUGUCACCGUAAAUUUCACUGACACUUUCACUGUCACUGUCACUUUCACUGCUAUUGCACUUUCACUGUUACUAUCUCUUUUAUUGUCACUUUAGCUGUCACUGUCAUCUCCACUAUUACCGCACUUUCACUGUCACCGUUACUGUCAUUUUCACUUUCACUGUCGAUGCCACUGCCACUGUCACUGUUCCUGUCACUGUGCUUGUUCAUGUCCCUGUCACCGUUGCUUUCACUUUCACUUUCACAGUCACUUUCACUGUCACUGUCACUGUUACAGUCAAUAUCAUUGCUAUUGCCACUUUCACUGUCACUUUCACAGUCACUGUCACUGUCACUGUCACUUUCACUGCUACUGCCACUACCACUGCCACUGCCGCUGUCACAUUUACCGUCACUGUCCCUGUCACUUUCACUAUCACUGUCACUAUCAAUUUCACUGUCACUGUUGCUGUCACUGUCACUUUCACUAUUAUUUCACUGUCACUGUCACCAUCACCAUCAUUGUCACUUUCACUGCUAUUGCAUUUUCACUGUUACUGUCACUUUUAUUGUCACUUUCACUGUCACUGUCACUUCCACUAUUACCGCACUUUCACCGUCAAAGUUACUGUUACUUUCACUUUUACUGUCGAUGCCACUGCCACUGCCACUGUCACCGUCACUGUCGCUGUCACAUCUAUGGUCACUUUCACUGUCACUGUCACUUUCACUAUUAUCACACUUUCACUGUCACUGUUACUGUCACUUUCAUUUUCACUGUCAAUGCCACUACCACUGUCACUCUCACAGUUACUGUCAUUGUCACCGUCACUGUCACCGCCACUGUCACCGCCACUGUCACCGUCACUGUCACCGUCACUGUCACUGUCACUGUCUUGUAACUGCCACUGUCACUGUCUUGUAACUGCCACUGUCACUGUCACUGCCACUGCCACUGUCAUUGUCACUCACUGUCACCAUCGCUUUCACUUUCAUUUUUGCUUUCACUGUCACCGUCAUCGUCACUUUCUCUAUCACUGUCACUGUCACUGUCACUGACAUUGUCAUUGUUACUGCGGUAAAUGUCAUUAUUAUUGCAAUUUUCUUCAGUUUCAUCGUGGCUUUAUUAUUUCAUUUUCACUGUCAAUGCCACUACCACAGUCACUCUCACAGUCACUGUCAUUGUCACCGUCGCUGUCACCGUCACCGUCACUUUCACUUUCACUGUCUCUUUCACUUUCACUCUCAGUCUUAGAACUGCCACUGUCAAUGUCAUUGCUAUUGAACUUUUACUGUCACGGUUACUGUCACUGUCACUUUUAUUGUCACUGUCACUGUCACUGUCACUAUUACUGCACUUUCACAGUCACUGUUAGUGUCACUUCACCGUCAAUGCCACCGCCACUGCCACUGUCACUGUCACUGCCACUGUUACUGUCACUGUCACUGUCACUGUCACUGUCACUGUCACAGUCACUGUCACUGUCACUGUCACCGUAACUGUCACUGCCGCUGCCAUUGUCACUCACUGUCACCAUCACUUUCACUUUCAUUUUUGCUUUCACUGUCACCGUCAUCGUCACUUUCUCUAUCACUGUCACUGUCAUUGUCAUUGUUACUGCGGUAAAUGGCUUUUUUAUUACAAUUUUCUUCAGUUUCAUUGUGGCUUUAUUGCUAUGGUUAUUAUGAAUAACGUUGUUGUUUUUUCAUUGCGUAGGUGAAAAAUACUACUGGCAGCACGGGCAUCAUAGGACCACCUGGAGUCAACGGUACUAAUGGGGACACUGGACCUGUCGGACCUCCCGGACCUUCAGGAUACAAUGGUACUAAGGGUGGCAUUGGACCUGCCGGACCUGCAGGACCUCCCGGACCUCCAGGUUUUAAUGGUACUCAGGGCCUCGCCGGACCAUCUGGAGAGCCUGGUGUUCAGGGCCCUCGUGGACCAUCCGGGUACAAUGGAACCCAAGGACCCCCUGGACCUGGGCCCAGUUCCUGCGCUUUCAAGACUUCAUCCAGUUCUGGAAUGACAGCAGACCCUGCCGCUGUACAAGCAGUUCUAGUUACAGAACCAAACGUAGGUUACAGAUUAGCUCUUUAUUUGGUACAGAAAAAAAAAUUGAGCGAUUUAUUUGCAAUUUGUUCCCAAAAGUUAUCUCUUAUUGGUUCUUCGAUAUCAUAAAUGAACUUUAGGAGGCUUUGACACUUUUGAUCUCUAAAUUUAACGUAGAGUGGUUCCCUGGAUUUUUUCUCAAGUUUAAAGGUUGAUAGGUUGAAAUGUUGCAAUGAACGAAGUUAUCCCAAGAGAUAUGUAGAUUUGAAUAAAACCUAUCACCACAUUUACGCGGCAAAAACGUUUGAUGAUGACAUUCCCCGCUUCCAAGAGUGGUAUCAAUGUCGUUUUCAUGCAAACAUCCGCCUGUUUUGGUAUUUUUACCCGAUUUUUAGUGAAACAACUGGUAUUUUACUUCAAAAGUUUUCCUCUGAAAUAACGAUUUACGAUUAAAAAUGCCCAAUAUGCAAAUUUUUCUGAGUUAUCAGAUGCUAAACGCUAUCAAAGAGAAAGGAUGACGAGAUGGCCGGAAAAAUCUAAAGGUCAAGCCGUUUUCCAAAGAACUACUAAAUUUGCUGUUUAGAAGCGGAGACGAGCAACUUUCUGUAGUCAACGAAACCCGGUGAAUAGAUUCAUCAAUUAACUAGUUGUUUACUCAACUUCACGGCCAGAAAAUUCGAGUAGCAUUCAUCUGCAAAUUCUGAAAGUAGUAUAAUUCUGAAAUAAAAACAGCUUCUAUUUAAAAAUAUUUUUAAGACAUAUUAACACUUGAAGUAAUAUUCAUAGGUACAAAGAGUGUCCAAAUAUCGAAAAGCCUCACUUAAAGGCAACAACCUUCCCUUAUUUUUUCCACCUUUAGUCCGUCUCGCUUUUGAGAUUCGAAGUAUACUCAACUCCCAAGUUCAUUUCGACGCUUUUGAGUCUCAAAUCUCCAUCAGUUUUUGGCGAGUUGAUGUUUUUAGCAUAUAUGAAAGAAGACAUUGAACAACUCAUUACGAACCUCAGCACGAACUUAUUGGGGAGGUUCGUUCUACCGCCAGAUAUCAAUUAAAGUGCGUUCUUUACAAUUUCGUACCCUUCAGGAUAUCUACGGUCAGUUUUAUAAUUCUACAAGUAAUGAUCUCCUUAGCCCUUCAGGGCACGACGAAAGGUUUUCAAAUAUAUUUAUUUUCAAAAAAGCUUCUGACUCUGUAUUUUAGACCAAUUAAAAAAAUAAAAUAAACUAUGAUGCGCGAACGACCUGCCCGCUUGAGAACCUGGUAAUGCGUUGUUUUAUCCCAGCUUAUACAUUUAGACGCCGGUAUUUAAAAAAACGCGUGUUUCUUUGUUAGGUUCCUAGAUUUGAAGGAUGUAUUUAUGAUAACAUCAGGCCUGUGAUAACAUGGUGCACAAAGCAUGUCUCAGAUUAUGGUUGUUGGCCUUGUGCAUCUUACAUCAUGAAUGAUAUAACAUGUACACUUGCCUAAUCUCGAAAAGGAAAAAAUUGGUUCAGGUUUUCGCAUUUCGAACUCUUGACACCAUUUUUUAUUGUCAUUAUUGUUAUCAUAAUCAUUAAAGGUCUUUUUUCUCUUUCAGGGUAAGACGUUUAUUGGUGUAAGCUGUGAUACAAAUGAUGCAAAAGUUGCUAAAUUAUCAAGCACCAGCUCAGGUGGAAAGAGAACCUUCAAGUGCUCUUGUGAGGGUACCCUAACAACUGGAGAACCAAAGAUGGUUUGCUAUAUCCACUACUGGGAGUGUCAGUUAUAAAGAGGAAAACGUUAAGCCAUUUGUUUAACAGGAGUCAUUUUAAAGAUGUUUAUAGAAUAUUGAAUCAAAAGCGAGACGAAAAAACAAUUUAGUUGUCUAACGUAAGCGCUAUAUUACAUUUUUAUUUGUAGCAAAUAUUUUUACAGAAGAAACAAAGCUUUCUUGCCAUGUACACUGCUGGAAACCUAAAGCUAUUCCUUUGACAUGAUACUUUGUAUCAAGCGGAUGAGGGGGUGUCAAACCAGCGGUCAGAUAAAGAAAACCAACAAAUCAAUAGAAGUUAAACUGUUUUAUUUCUUGAAGGCAUCAUUUUAAACUAUGUCGUCGAGUUAUAAAUAUUUUUGAACUUGCACAGUUCUGGCAGGUUCCGAAUAAUGUAUGAUUUAAUCACAUUGCAGCCAUUAUUGACAGCUAAUUUAAGACUUAGUCCAUCGCUCUGUAGGACGGCAACAUAAUUAUGUCGUUGUGAGCGUUUUGUCGUUUUCUGUUGGAGGGCAUUUCAACUAAGUGUGGUAAAAUUAAAACCAAAAUAAUCAUCCUAUGAGAUCGCAAAGUAAAAUAAAUCAAUGUUUAAAAUGUGUAAAAUCGUGUUUGACCAAGAAGCGAUUGGAUUAAGUUUUGAUGUGAUUGGUUGUGAGGAUGGCGUGAGCUUUCUGGACCAAUCACAAAGCGAAGUGGAACAAAACCAAAGCAAUCUACGAUUACUUUUGACAGUCAAUUAAAAUUCGCCCUAUUUACCGACAGUGUGUUUAAAUUACCUGGUUUCGAGUUAUUAUUGUGAAAUAUUAGUUAUCCAUACUAAUUCAAAUAUGUACAACGCGGUUCCUAUGUCUCCACCGACUUCUGCUCCAAUUGGCAUAGGAUUAAGGAAUUAAUCCUGGUUUUACUCACUCAGCC